CGUCCUGAUAUGCAACAUGCUAAGGUCACGCUUCUCCCACGCGACACAGCCUGCGAUAUGUUCGUGUAAUCAACCACAGCUGCUGGACAGCACGCGAGCUGAAGGGUGGAGCUUCAGACCUCAGUGAAGUCGCUAUUCACCUCACAGACGAUCCGACUAUUCACUCACUUUACGAUAAUCCCCGUACUCCCGGAUUUGCUCGCAUUAUCGCAGUAUAUCCUCGGUUCUACUCCCGUAUCUACCUUCAGCAGAUUCGAUACACGUGACAGACGGCAUCAUGGUUCGCAACCUGGUCUUGUUCUCUGGCUCUUCUCAUCCCCAGCUUACCGAAACCAUCUGCACUCACCUCGGCAUCCCUCCGGCUAAGAUCCAUCUGUCCAAGUUCGCCGUCGGCGAGACUCGCGUGGAAAUUGGCGAGAGCGUCCGUGAGAAGGAUGUUUUCAUCGUCCAAUCCGGUGGCGGUAAGGUCAACGACAACCUCAUGGAACUGCUUAUCACCAUCUCCGCCUGCAAGACGGCAAGUGCGCGGCGAGUGACGGCUGUGCUUCCGCUCUUCCCGUACUCAAGGCAGUCUGAUCUCCCAUACAACAAGAUCGGUGCGCCUUUGGCGCGGAUGCCUUCGAAACCCACGGGCGAGAGGUACACGUUCGACAGCACUCCAUCCACGCCAUACCCUGGCCAGACGGAAAGUGCAGGCCUGCACAGUAACGGUACGCAUUCGCUCAAUCGGAAGCUCAACGGCCUGAGCGUCGGCCACAAGCUUGUGAACGGCGAGAUGGGCAUGAAGACCCCAACUGCGCCAAGGCGGAAAGACACCCUGGAUAGUGUUCAGAGUGAAGGUUCCACCAACAGCUAUUUCGACGAAACCAAGGAGCCGCAUGCGCCGACUUCGCACGCGGCUGGCAUGGUACCGCCGGACUUCAAACCGCAGCGAGGCUACAAGUGGUGGGUGGCGCAGGCUGGAACGCUAAUUGCGGAUCUGCUCACGUGUGCCGGCGCCGAUCACAUCAUUACCAUGGAUCUGCAUGAUCCUCAGUAUCAAGGCUUCUUUGACAUUCCGGUGGACAACCUCUACGGGAGACACUUGCUUCGCAAGUACAUUCAGCAUCAGAUCCUGCCUAAGCACGGUGGCACUGAUGGUUGCGUGAUUGUGAGCCCGGAUGCUGGAGGCGCCAAGCGUGUGACGAACAUCGCGGACUCGCUAGGCAUGGAUUUUGCACUCAUCCACAAGGAACGUCGUCAAUCUCCCACAUCAGGCCAAAACGCUACGAUGCUGCUCGUAGGCGCCAUCGCCAAUCGCACAGCCAUCCUCGUGGACGACCUGGCCGAUACAUCCAACACCAUCACCCGCGCAGCAAAGCUAUUGAAGAAGGAAGGCGCGCAUACUGUCUACGCCCUGGUAACGCAUGGCGUCUUCUCUGGCGAUGCGAUUGACCGCAUUAACGCGUCCGCUCUCGACAAGGUGGUGACGACUAAUUCAGUGCCUCAAGAGGAGCACGUCAAACGCUGCGACAAGCUGGAGGUUCUUGAGGUGGGCAAUGUCUUUGCAGAGGCGAUACGCAGAGUGCAUCAUGGAGAAAGUAUCUCCGUCUUGUUCGAAUACGAUUGAGAAAUCGCUUUCUCCGGCAGAUGGAGGUGGGACGGUGUCCUUUGCUACAACCCGAGAAUCUGCUUUGCUAUUGGGAGUAUUGUAAGAUCCAUGGCAGUUCGGCGUAUGGAGAUGGAUGCGGUUCCCUGGGUAUCCCAAAGAGAGUACGAUGCUCAAGCGGAAUUGAGAAAGUGUCACCGACACUGCAGAGUCCGCCAAGGAAGGUGGGACCUGGCCAUACGCCGCGUAUGCGCAACUGAUAUUUAGCGCAAGCUCAGCAUGAGCUUGUCAGUACUGGAAGCUGAACGAGUCGCAAACCG